AUGAAAGCAAGAAAAACGAGUGAUUCUGUUGCUAAUUUGAAUAAAAUCUUGGAAAACGAGGAGGAUAAUGAUCAGCUACGAGAUGAGUUGAAUGCCUGUCAACACUUCUUGACAGAUACUGAGAUAGAAAAUGGACGCCACAAAAUUCUGAAUGUGAAGGAGAAGGACAGUUAUUUGACUGCUACGCUAUGGAUACACGUCUACUACAGGUCACAAAGCGCAAUAUGGAACACAACUGCGCAUCCUGGAAGAAAAGUUCUCAUCUUCCACCAGCGAACUUCCUGGUCCGCGGAUAUCAUUAUGUAUGAUGCAGUAGAAAUCAUUUUUGAGAGCUUCAAUCAACAGCUUGUCCAAGUCGACUUCGGAGUUGUUUCCUGCUGGUCGUCAGCAGUCACUGUCAAAGUGGCCUGUAGUUUUGACGUCACCUUUUUUCCUUAUGAUGAACAGACCUGUGACAUUGAGUUCGGGUCAUGGAUUCUCGAUCCCACUGUAAGGCGUUGCCAGAACUUUGUCCGGGAAAUGCGCGCUCAAAGUCACAUGGUCUGA